GCAAAUUUUUUACGUGCAGCUCGUGCUGGAAGUCUUGAACGUGUUCUUGAAUUACUGCGUUCUGGAACAGAUAUUAAUACAAGUAAUGCAAAUGGUUUAAAUGCUUUACAUCUUGCAUCAAAAGAAGGACAUGUUGAUGUAGUUCGUGAACUUUUAAAGAGAAAAGCAUUUGUCGAUGCUGCAACUAAGAAAGGUAAUACGGCGUUACAUAUCGCAUCGCUGGCCGGACAAGAGCUCAUUGUGAUUAUACUUGUUGAGAAUGGUGCAAAUGUGAAUGUGCAGUCAUUGAAUGGAUUUACUCCUUUAUAUAUGGCAGCACAAGAAAAUCACGAAUCAGUCGUUCGAUAUUUACUUGCACAUGGCGCAAAUCAAGCUCUCGCCACUGAGGAUGGUUUUACACCAUUAGCAGUUGCUUUACAACAAGGACACGAUCGAGUUGUAGCGUUAUUACUAGAAAAUGAUACAAGGGGAAAAGUUCGUUUACCAGCUUUACAUAUUGCUGCUAAAAAGGACGAUAUAAAAGCUGCCACACUUUUAUUACAAAAUGAACAUAAUGCGGAUGUCACAUCAAAGAGUGGUUUUACUCCGUUACAUAUUGCUGCACAUUAUGGUAAUGAAAAUGUUGCACAAUUGCUUCUCGAAAAAGGAGCCAAUGUUAAUUAUCAAGCUAGGCAUAAUAUAAGUCCUUUACAUGUAGCAACAAAAUGGGGUCGUGCUAAUAUGGUUUCACUUCUUUUGGCUCAUGGGGCUAUUAUCGAUUGUCGAACACGAGAUUUGCUGACGCCAUUACAUUGUGCAGCUCGUUCUGGUCAUGAACAAGUUGUUGAUCUUUUACUUGAGAAAGGAGCACCGAUUAACGCAAAAACUAAGAAUGGGCUGGCUCCAUUGCAUAUGGCUGCUCAAGGUGAUCAUGUCGAUAGUGCUCGAAUUCUUUUAUAUCAUCGUGCUCCAGUUGAUGAUAUUACUGUCGAUUAUCUAACACCUCUUCAUGUUGCGGCUCAUUGUGGUCAUGUGCGUGUUGCUAAACUUUUAUUGGAUCGUAACGCUGAUCCUAAUGCCCGGGCUUUAAACGGAUUUACACCACUUCAUAUCGCAUGCAAAAAGAACCGAAUCAAAGUUGUUGAAUUACUUUUGAAAUAUCAUGCUGCUAUUGAAGCAACUACCGAAUCUGGAUUGUCACCACUGCAUGUUGCUGCAUUUAUGGGUGCUAUAAAUAUCGUUAUAUAUCUUCUACAACAGGGAGCGAAUGUGGAUGUUGCCACUGUGCGCGGAGAAACACCUUUACAUCUUGCUGCCAGAGCGAACCAAACUGAUAUUGUUCGAGUUCUCGUUCGUAAUGGUGCUAAGGUCGAUGCAACAGCUCGUGAAUUACAAACUCCCUUACAUAUAGCGUCACGUUUGGGUAACACAGACAUCGUUGUUUUACUUUUACAAGCAUCUGCAUCACCAAAUGCAGCUACUCGUGAUCAGUAUACACCUUUGCAUAUUGCGGCUAAGGAAGGGCAAGAUGAAGUAGCGGCAAUAUUGUUGGAUCAUGGAGCGCAAAAGACGCCUUUAACAAGGAAAGGAUUUACACCGUUACAUUUGGCUGCAAAAUAUGGUAAUUUGUCGGUUGCAAAAUUAUUGCUUGAAAGAGGUACUCCUGUUGACAUCGAAGGCAAAAAUCAGGUUUUUUAUUUUAUUAAAUUGAAUAUAGCUGCAGAUUAUAAAUCGUUGAAAGUAAACUGCCACCUUCUUUCUGUAACACCACUGCACGUUUCGGCACAUUAUAAUAAUGAUAAAGUAGCGUUGUUAUUGCUUGAAAAUGGUGCUGAUGUAAAUUCGGAAAGUAAAGCAGGUUUUUCACCACUCCAUUUGGCAGCUCAGGAGGGCCAUAGAGAGAUGUGUGCAUUGCUUAUUGAAAAUGGUGCAAAGGUUGGAGCACAAGCGAAAAAUGGACUUACUCCAAUGCAUCUUUGUGCACAAGAAGAUCGAGUUAAUGUAGCUGAAGAACUUGUUCAUGAGAAUGCUUCCAUCGAUCCACAGACCAAAGCCGGAUACACUCCACUGCAUGUUGCUUGCCACUUUGGCCAAUUAAAUAUGGUUAAAUUUUUGUUAGAGCACGGCGCACCAGUUUCAGCUACAACGAGGGCUUCCUAUACACCACUACAUCAAGCUGCUCAACAAGGUCAUUAUAAUGUUGUACGAUACCUUCUUGAGCAUGGCGCAAGUCCUAAUGUACAAACAUCGACAGGUCAAACACCAUUAUCGAUAGCUGAACGUCUUGGUUAUGUAUCUGUCGUUGAAGCCUUAAAAACCGUGACCGAAACUACAGUAAUUACUGAAACAACUACGAUUACCGAAGAAAGAUAUAAGCCACAAAAUCCAGAAGCAAUGAAUGAAACAAUGUUUUCAGAUUCAGAAGAUGAAGGUGAGGAGAAUAAUUUAACUGCAAACGCUCAUGUUCGUGAUUUUUCGGAAAGUUUAACGCAGGGUUUGCAUGAUUCAACUGGCGUACAUUUGAUACAUACAGCUGAACCAGUAAGCUUUUUACUUGUUUUAUUUUUUUUUUGUAAGAACCGAUUCUCAUUCGCUGAGAAAAUAUCUCUUUUCGAUUUUUCCAAAUAUGGAGCAGCAAGAUGUUUUUUUCAUGCUUAUUCAUAUUUCCUCAUUUCAUUUAUGGUCGACGCUCGUGGUGGUGCUAUGCGUGGAUGCCGUCAUUCUGGUAUAAGAAUUAUUGUGCCACCGAGAAAAGCUCCACAACCAACUCGUAUUACAUGUCGUUAUUUGAGAAAGGAUAAAUUGGCACACCCCCCGCCACUUAGUGAAGGUGAAGCUUUAGCUUCACGUAUUCUGGAAAUGGCACCACAUGGAGCGAAAUUUCUUGGUCCUGUCAUUUUAGAAGUGCCACAUUUUGCUUCUCUUCGAGGUCGUGAGCGUGAAAUAGUUAUUUUGAGAUCUGAUGAUGGUCAACACUGGAAAGAACAUCAGUUAGAGGCAACCGAAGAUGCUGUUCAAGAGGUUCUUAAUGAAUCAUUUGAUACCGAAGAAUUAUCACAACUUGAUGAUUUGCAAACACCUCGCAUUACGCGAAUUCUAACGAAUGAUUUCCCAAUGUAUUUUGCUGUUAUCACCCGUGUGCGUCAAGAAGUUCAUUGUGUUGGGCCAGAAGGAGGCGUAAUUUUAUCUUCGGUUGUGCCUCGAGUUCAGGCUAUUUUCCCAGAUGGAUCGCUAACUAAAACUAUUAAAGUUUCUGUACAAGCACAGCCUGUACCUCAAGAAAUAGUUACUAGGCUCCAUGGUAAUCGUGUUGCUGUCUCGCCAAUUGUCACAGUUGAACCUCGACGCAGAAAGUUUCAUAAGCCUAUAACGUUGUGUAUACCUUUGCCACAAAGUAACCAGAAGGGUAUGUUGACCCAGUACAGCGGGCAACCUGGCCAAGAACCUCCGACACUUCGUUUAUUGUGCAGCAUUACCGGUGGAUCUGCUCCAGCACAAUGGGAAGAUAUUACUGGAACGACACAGCUUACAUUUACUGGAGAAGAUGUCUCUUUUACAACCACAGUUUCUGCUCGUUUUUGGCUAAUGGAUUGUCAGACACCACGGGAUGCAGCUCGAAUGGCGCAAGAAGUCUAUAAUGAGGCAAUCGCUGUUCCUUACAUGGCUAAAUUUGUUAUAUUUGCUCGCCGUACAUUCCCAACCGAAGGACAACUAAGAGUAUUUUGCAUGACCGAUGAUAAAGAAGAUAAAACUCUUGAAAAACAAGAGCAUUUUAUUGAAAUCGCAAAGUCAAAGGAUGUCGAAGUACUUAGCGGUCGUCAUCAGUUCUUGGAGUUCUCUGGAAAUAUCCUUCCAGUCACAAAGAGCGGUGACCAACUAUCUAUAUAUUUCUUACCGUUCCAAGAAAAUCGACUCGCCUUCUUGAUUAAGACCCGAGCUGGAAGUGAUGAUGAAGCCUCUACUAAUGGACUUAUUUCUUUCAUGAAGGAACCGAAAAUUCGAUCGGAUAGUCUGCCACCUCAGCAACCCAUUUGUACUCUUGCUAUUACACUGCCUAAAUUUACUGAACCGAUAACCACUGCUAAUGCUUCCGAUAGAGUAACUUCAGUCAUUACAAAAUACAUGAAUGCUCUAAAUGAAGAACGUGAUCCUGAUAAUUUGCCCCUCACAUUGAUUUCGCGUCUCAUUGGUCCUGACUGGCAUCGAUUAGCACGAGUUCUUGAUAUACCAGAUUCUGAUAUUAAAAAAAUUCGCCAACAACUCGUCGGAAAAGAAGCAAUUUCAGUACUACGAAUAUGGAUACAUCUGAAGAAACAAGAAGCCUCUCCAACAGCACUUAGCAGUGCAUUACAUCAAAUUGGGCGAGAUGAUAUAGUUCGUGAAAUAAAUCAAACUGAACAACCGAUGGAACUAGAUGGUGUAGUUUCGAGUUAUUCUUCUCUUCCUUCGACAUCAACUUCCACUGAGCCACAGAAAGCCGAAUAUUUAUAUACAACAGCGAAAGUAGGUGAACAUAAAUUUGUUCAAGAUUCCGCAGUUGCAGCGCCUAUUUUCGCUCCUUUUGAACGAGAAGAAAUUGUACCAUAUACUAUAAAAGAAGAGGAAGAAGUUCCUGUGUCCGAAGUUAAAACGGUUGUACGCAAACAGCGGCAUAUUCAUGACACAGAAAAUGGUCCAAUUGUUGAGGAGAGAACAAUUACGACGACUUAUGAGGAUGAUGUAGCAAUAAAUGAGGAAAUAGUUGACAGAAUAGUUCCAUUGAAUGAGGAGGAACAAGAAAAAUGGGACCAUAUGGUUAGAGAAGCGCAGCAGGCUAUGGAAGAAGUAAUUGAAGAAGAAGGACCGGAAGGAGUGACUGUUAAGACAAGGACAGUGACAACGAGCUAUAUCACCCGACAAAGUCCGGAAGAAGAUGAUUUGAUGACUAAACCAGUCAUCACUGAACUCAUUGAACCAAUGGAAGUAGCGGAACAUUUGAAUGAAGCUUCGCCUGGUUGUAAUUUAGUUACGGAUCAAAAGCAUGAAAGUAUGGCAGAAGGUUUCACAACUGAGGAUGGUUCGACCAUUGUUUCCAAAAAGAUGACUCGUAUCGUUACUACAACCAAAACGUCCACACCUGGUUUGUUUAUCAUUCAUAAAAUUUUCUUUCUUAAAUCUAAAUCUCGAGAUUCGAUAGAUAACAAUAAACAUUCUAACUAG